CUUUUCUUGAGCCAUGAUAUCUUGAUAUCCCUCCAACAUCUUCCAACAUUUGAGUCCGCUCAUUCUUCGCACUCUUGCAUUUCGAAAAGUCUUCCAAAUGGCCACACGUUCCCAGACACCGCGCGCUUUUCCUUUCCUUGUAAAGGUCACGCAGAUCAGCUAUAGGCACGAUCCAACAGCGCCGAGGCUCACUAAUGACGGGUACUGGCAACCCCCUAAGCGAAAAGAUAACUUCGGUGUGCAUUACAGUACUGGCUGGUGGGUCUGGGAUCCUUAUCAUCAGGGCGAGGCGCCAUACGCACGUUUGCGGACCCCAUCAGACGCAGAAUUGAGCAGCCGAGAAGUCCACAGAACAGGCACCAUGUUCUGGGCCCCUGAUAGACAGGCAUAUUCAUAUCGCCCUGAAAAUUGCCUGGAGAUGGACUUGAACAGGAGUGAUUCUCCCUACAGACGGCUAGGGUUUAACAUCUAUGGAAAUUCGAACUUGGUGCUGGUGGCGUACCACGGUAAAGACUUUCAAUUGCCUUACCGAGCGCCCCCGAGAAUGUUGAACACACUGUUCCCUCCUGUAUAUGCAUCACGAUCUACGGCCAACCGGGAGUGCACUAUAGCUGGUGACCUCGCCAUUAUCAUUGGAUUGAUUGUCCUUUCGACUGCGAAUACGAAGGAGAACAUGCUCAAAGCAAUUGACACCACCUUUCGAAGACACCUCAACAGCACUCAGUACGCCGUGAAUCAAGAUCUGAGACCGGUUCGAGGCGUCCUUGAAAGAGGCAUCAUAGUUGAAAUCUGCUCCUUUGACGGUGGUGUCAGUGGACGUGUUCUUAAAGACUGGGAAAAUGGGAUAUAUGGAGAGAUGCUCAGUUGA